AUGGAGAGCAGCCCCAGCUCUUCGAAACGUCAGCCAGAAAAGUCCCCCGAUCCGGUGAGCAAUUCAUUCUCCUCAGAAGCAGUCAAUGUGUCUGUUGGCCCGCGCCUGAUCGUCCGAUGUACUGAUCAGCUUUGACUGCAUGUUUAACUUGCUGUAGGCAUUUUGGGCACGUCCAAUGGCCAUGUGCCGCAUACCAGUCACGUUAACACCAUCUGGUUCCUGGUCAGUUCUUCGUGGGCACCGGCAGGUAUACUCACCUGGCUCCUCACGAUUUUGUCAUUGGUCAUAUGCGGACUGAUCAAGGUAUUGUGCAAGACACACGGUAGGCCGCAUUUAAGAUACUGACUUGACUGAUCAUGAAAUUAGGGGACUAACCUUCAAUCACCAUUUUGGUUCUCUGCCGAUUUGCUCGGCCGAUGACCUGCAAUUUCCGAAGAAGAAACUCCGCUUCUUCCGUUGCAUGGUCGUAAUGCAAUCACAACCAACGUCGCCACCAUCGUCCGUUCAGUGUACGCUACCCCACAGUGUCCUUGCUGCCACUGCGCACUUGAUUCGCGCAACGAACCGGCGGGUCCCUUGCGAAUCCAUUGUACUCAGAUCCUGGAAGCAGCAGCAGCAGCAGCAGCACCAGCAGCAGCAGCAGCAGCAGGAGUAG